GGAAAUAUCAGUUCAAUUAUUUCUGGAAGCUUGUCAUCCGAAAUAGGAACUGAGCAUUUGUUUUUCACCUCAUAGGAGGCCAAGCAGUGUAUUUAGUUAACAUACAAUUGUAUUACUAUUAAACUUUUGUGUUUUUUUUGAGAACAGUUCAAGAAAGAUGUUGAUUAAAGUGAAGACACUGACUGGGAAGGAGAUAGAGAUUGACAUAGAACCCACAGACAAGGUGGAGCGCAUAAAAGAACGAGUGGAGGAGAAAGAGGGAAUCCCUCCUCAGCAGCAGAGGUUGAUUUAUAGUGGAAAACAGAUGAAUGAUGAGAAAACGGCAGCGGACUAUAAGAUCCAAGGAGGCUCAGUUCUACACCUGGUACUGGCCCUGAGAGGAGGAGGAGGAGGAGGAAGACGAUGCCUGCUCUGCCAAGACUUUUGACCCACUCCUACAAACUGAUAUGAUACCUUCAAAGCACCGCAGCAUUCGUUUAAAGCAGCUUCACAUGGUGACACUGAAGGCAACACGGAGGAUUGGUGUCCUCCUCCUUACAGCCUGUAGUGUGUUUCCUGUAAAAACCUUCCCACACCGUAACGUUUCAGUGGCAGGAUGUUAAAGCUGUGAGAUUAUAAGAUACACACAUACACGCUUUGCAGCGGGAAACUGCUUUUUACACCUUUUUUUCUGUUGUGCUCUGAAACAAGCAAGAAUGAUUUGUAAGUAUAUUUCUUCAAAACAACGCGCUCCCCUUAGAAAAAAAGUUUGAUCAGAUUUUUUUUUUGGUGCGUACAAAACUGGUGGAAGUGAAUCACUGAGCCCACACUUCUCUUUCCUCCUGCAUUACAGGUUGACUGAAUAAGUUUGUGAGUUAAUAAACUUGUUUAGAAUCCUUUCCUGUGA